AUAAGUGUGACUUGCCGAGAGAUCUAGUUAUUUCUCUUUUGGUUCUUUUCCGUGCAGAGCGCCGGUUAGGCGGGCCCAACGAGCAGUCAUGGGGGCGUACAAGUACAUGCAAGAGCUGUGGCGCAAGAAGCAGUCGGACGUGAUGCGGUUCCUGCUGCGACUGCGCUGCUGGCACUACCGCCAGCUCAACACGUGCCACCGUGCACCCCGCCCCACCAGGCCCGACAAGGCGCGCCGCCUUGGUUACCGUGCCAAGCAGGGCUACGUGAUCUACCGCAUCCGGGUGCGCCGUGGUGGCCGCAAGAAGCAGGUGCCCAAGGGUUGCACCUACGGCAAGCCCAAGAACCACGGUGUGAACAGCCUCAAGCCCGUGCGCAACCAUCAGUCCAUCGCUGAGGAGCGAGUGGGUCGUCGGUGCAAGGCCAUGCGUGUGCUGAAUUCCUACUGGGUGGCUCAGGACUCGACGUACAAGUACUACGAGGUUAUCCUGGUCGACCCGUUCCACAAGGCGAUCCGGCGCGACCCCAAGGCCAACUGGAUCUGCCAGGCCGUGCACAAGCACCGCGAGCUGCGUGGCCUCACCUCGGCCGGCCGCAAGUCGCGUGGCUUGGGCAAGGGUCACCGUUACACCAAGACCGUGGGUGGCUCACGGCGUGCCUGCUGGAAGCGCCGAAACACGCUGCAGCUGCGCCGCAAACGUUCAAGCCAUUAAACUUUUGUUUGGCCCCCUU